AUAAAAGCAUCUCCUUCUCAUCUUUCUUUCCGUACACCCUAUCUCCUUUCCGGCGUUAAUUGUGGGGGGUUGCGAGCAGCAUGGCGUUUGUCAAUUUUCUAUCUUGUCGCUGUCUCUGUUCCUGUUCGUCCAGUACUCUGUUGUAAUUGGUCUAUGGGUGGUGGUGUUGUUAUCAUCUUUUCAUCUGCUCAUUUGGUCUGCCGGGGUUGGUUUGGCAUAUUGUGGAUGGGUUGGCCGAAAGAAAAAGCUCCAGAACACACUCACACUCCUUUACGAUUGAUGGAUGAACAUAUUAUACGAUUUUCCUUGUGCGGUCAUUUGUGUUGCUGCUGCUGCUGCUGCGUUUUGCUUGCUGUUUCUUUGUCGUGGGAUGGAUGGAGGUGGAGGAUAUAUCACUCUGCGGAUGGAUGGAUGGAUGGAUGGAUGCUUUGCUGGGAAAGGUACAAUAAAUAUACAAAACAAUUGAUUGAUUGAUGGAGUAGGAGGGAUGGAAUGGGAAGGGUAGGAAUGAUCACGACCGAACAACAAAUCGAGGUGCGGGUUUUCUUUAUAUUAGCAAGCAAUUGAACAGUAUUCAAAAAUCUCCCUGGCUCCUUUU